GCUAACCCCAAUCCCUUAUCGCCUCUCAAAAAUUCAAAACUAAAAAAUUUCUAUAUAUAUACAUUUUGUUUUUUUAAAGAAAGAACAAAAAGGCUCAACCAAAAGCAGCCAUUCUACUUGCAUCACCAACAACGACAACAAACAGUUUUCUUCAUUCUCAUCCCCACUCGCACACGCCUCUUUCCCCGUCACGCUCCUCCACUCUUCCAUUGUGUACCGGAUCACUACAUGCAUCAGCACACCCACUCGCGCGUCUCUAGUCUCUCUUCCACCUCUCCUUUCUCACUCCCUCCUUCGCUCUUUUAAAGUCGGCGACAGAAGAAGCCAGUAAGGUCCAAGCACCAAGCACGGCCACCAAUGGCUCCCUCCUCUUCCGCUCCCGCCCCCGUUCUUCUACUCUGCUUCGUUGUACUUUCGCUCUCUGCUGCUUCCGAUGACCCGCUCAAGACCUUCAUUGUCCAGGUUAAUCGCGACGCCAAACCUUCUGUUUUCCCCACCCAUAAGAACUGGUAUGACUCCUCUCUCAGAUCCCUCUCCCCCGGUUCCGCCCACGCCGGUAACUCAUCCGGGUCCACCUCCUCUUCCCGUGACACCAGUCGCAUCAUCCACACUUAUGAAACCGUCUUCCACGGCUUUUCUGCGAAGCUCUCGCCGUCGGAGGCCGAGAAGCUUCAGACUCUCUCCGGGAUCGUAGCCGUCAUCCCCGAGCAGGUCCGCCAUUUGCACACCACUCGAUCCCCUCACUUCCUGGGCUUGAACUCCACUGACAGAGCCGGGACGUUGUUGAAGGAGUCCGAUUUCGGGUCGGAUCUAGUGAUUGGAGUGAUCGAUUCGGGGAUCUGGCCCGAGAGACCGAGCUUCAAUGAUCGAGACCUCGCCCCCGCGCCGGCCAAGUGGAAGGGAGAAUGUGUGGCCGGACAAGAUUUCCCGGCCACCGCCUGUAACAAGAAGUUGAUCGGAGCUAGGUUUUUCUGUGCUGGGUACGAGGCCACUAACGGCCCGCUUAACGAGACGAAGGAGUACCGGUCGCCGAGAGACUCCGACGGCCACGGCACGCACACCGCGUCCAUCGCCGCCGGAAGGUACGUGUUUCCGGCGUCGACGCUUGGUUACGCGCGCGGCGUUGCAGCUGGAAUGGCUCCCAAGGCUCGGCUUGCCGCCUAUAAGGUAUGCUGGACCGCAGGGUGCUACGAUGCCGACAUUCUCGCAGCGUUUGACGCCGCCGUAUCUGAUGGCGUGGAUGUUAUCUCGCUUAGUCUCGGCAGCGGCGUGGUACCAUACUUCGUCGAUACAAUCGCGAUCGCUGCCUUCGGAGCUUCUGACGCCGGCGUUUUUGUGUCGGCUUCCGCCGGCAAUGGCGGUCCCGGUGGCCUCACCGUCACAAACGUCGCGCCGUGGAUAACAACCGUUGGCGCCGGCACCAUCGAUCGUGAUUUCCCGGCUGAUGUUAAACUCGGCAACGGCAAAAUCUUGAUCGGCGUGAGCUUAUCCAGCGGUACUGGGUUGUCACCGGAUCACCUGUACCCGCUAGUUUACGCCGGCGAUGUAGGAAAUGCUGGGUUUACAGGAUCAUCUCUGUGCACGGAGGAUUCUCUGGAGCCCAAUUCAGUAAAAGGAAAGAUAGUAUUCUGCGAGAGAGGCAGCAAUUCAAGAGCUGCGAAGGGGGAGGUGGUGAGAAAAGCCGGUGGAAUUGGUAUGAUAUUAGCUAAUGGAGUGUUCGACGGAGAAAGCUUGCUCGCCGACUGCUUUACCUUGCCUGCAACUGCCGUUGGCGCAUCCGCUGGUGAUCACAUACGGCACUAUAUGGCGGCGGCCAAGAAAUCCCAGAAAUCGCCGACGGCUACUAUAAUUUUCCGGGGGACAAUACUCGGUGUCCGUGCCCCUGUCGUGACCUCGUUCUCUUCCCGGGGUCCCAAUCCAGAGUCGUCGGACAUUUUGAAGCCAGACAUAAUUGCUCCCGGGCUGAACAUACUGGCGGCCUGGCCGGACAAAGUUGGGCCGUCGGGAAUUCCCGACGACACGCGCAGAACAGAGUUCAACAUUCUCUCGGGAACUUCAAUGGCUUGUCCCCAUGUUUCGGGCGUCGCCGCCCUGUUAAAAGCGGCUCACCCCGAAUGGAGCCCCGCGGCGAUCCGAUCGGCGUUGAUGACCACUGCAUAUACACUGGAUAACCGGGGCGAAACAAUGCUGGAUGAAUCCACCGGAAAUGCAUCAACCGUGAUGGACUUCGGAGCAGGGCAUGUUCACCCCCAGAACGCCAAGAACCCUGGGCUAGUUUACGACCUGAGUUCUUACGACUAUGUAGACUUCCUCUGCAACUCAAAUUACACAAUGAAGAACAUCGAAGCCGUCACGAGAAGGAAGAACGUCGAUUGCCGGGGAGCUCGAAAGGCUGGCCAUGCCGGAAACUUGAACUAUCCAUCUUUCGCCACCGUCUUCCAACAAUACGGAAGGCGGAAGAUGUCGACCCACUUCAUCCGAACGGUGACGAAUGUGGGGGAACCCAAAUCGGUGUAUCGAGCAUCGGUGAGGCCGCCUAAAGGGACAGUGGUGACGGUGCUGCCGGAGAAACUGGCGUUCAGGAGAUUGGGUCAGAAGCUCAAUUUCCUAGUGAGGGUUGAGGCAGAGGCGCUCGAACUCUCCCCGGGAUUCUCCACUACGACGAGUGGUUCUAUGGUAUGGGAAGACGGGAAGCACGUUGUGACGAGCCCCAUAGUUGUGACUAUGCAACAACCUAUGUAAAUCGCUUGUGUUUUGAGGUUUUGGGUAUUAGGUUUGGUAAUUACGCCCGUGCUAUAUAAAUGCGGUGGGGAAUGGCGUUUUCAUGAGUUUCAGAAAAGCUGAUGGAGAUGGGAUUGUGGUGCAGAGUGAAGUGAAGGAAAGUGUUGAUCUACUCUAGUAUUGUGAGGAAGAUGUAAUGUGAGGAAUGUUUGUAGAAAUGUUGUGCGCUGAGAAAGCGAAAGACGCCAGCAGAAUGGAAAGAUAUCUUUUCUUUCCCAUUUAGGUUCUCUGCUUUCUUUGUUUAUUUAUUUAUAAGGUUUUACAGAAAAACAGUUAAAAUCUUUCUAUUUUUUUGGCGAGAAAUUCAUUAUAGGACUCUAUUUUUGUCA